AUGGAAAUUGCAGGAGGAUUUGACAUCGUCAACAUGAUCACUUUUUCAAACAAUUCCAUUCAGAGAGUGAAAGUUGGGAGGUUAGAUGCCAAUGCUCCAGAAGAAAGUGAAUUGGUUAUUAAUGAAAAUGUGAUUGCAUGGCACAAAGAUCUUAACCAGUAUUGCACCUUGACUAUUCUGGACGACGCACAGUCCCCGGUGAUUGAAGGGGUGGAGACCUUUGUGGUCUAUUUGAGUUCCCCACAAGGAGCAGAGCUGGCCAGUCCUUUCCAAGCAGUGGUGGCCAUUAAUGACACCUUCCAGGAUGUUCCAAGCAUGAAGUUCAGUAAAGAUGUCUACUCCGUGAAAGAGAAGGACCGCCUCCUACAUGUUCCCGUUAUCCGUACCGGAGACUUAAGCUACGAAUCUUCAGUCAGGUGCCAUACACAGAGCCAGACCGCAAGAGUGAUGGAGGAUUUUGAGGAAAGGAGAAACGCUGAAGAAUCGCGCAUCACAUUUUUGAAAGGGGAGAAGGUAAAGAACUGCACUAUAAUUAUAAACGAUGACUCUGCCUUUGAGCCGGAGGAGAGAUUCCGGGUAUAUCUGAGUGAACCCCAAGGCAACCACUGGAGUGGGGCUACCGUUGGGAAAAGCAACAUGGCUACUGUAGUUAUCUCCAACGACGAAGAUGCUCCCACCAUUGAGUUUGAAGAAGCUGGGUACCAGGUCCGUGAACCCCCUGGACCGGAAGGCGUUGGCUUCUUAAAUGUCAAAGUGAUCCGGACAGGAGACCAAAACAGGACUUCGAAAGUUCGCUGCAGCACCCGGGAUGGCUCAGCUCAGUCUGGAAUUGAUUAUUACCCAAAGAGCCGAAUUCUCAAGUUUAGCCCUGUUCAAGGCACUCUAUAUGGCCGUGAUGGCAAACCUUUGGCACGCGUGCCUCAAAUGCCAAGCGAAGCCUUGCCUGUUUAUCUUCCUGGUUUCCGGCACGCAUGCACCUGCGAUGAUCAGCUGUCCUUCACGUGUGAGCCAGUGCCGAAAAUCAGUGUAUGCCGAAAGCAUGCUGGCCAGCUGAUUAUCGGGUGCGCAUGUACACCAGAACCUGGAAGUUCGUUUUUUCCGGAAUGUUGUCCCUUCACGCACACGGCAGUGCCGAAAACUGGUCUGCGCAUGCGCACCAGCCAGGUGGUCACGCUGUCAGAGUACGACCACGUUGAAGAAGAAACCACAACGGGAGCUAAGAAGUCGCCAUCUCCAGGCUACCCGCUGGUCUGUGUUACUCCUUGCGAUUCUCACUUCCCCAAGUACUCGCUGAUGAAGGAGCGCUGCGGUGAGGCUGGGAUCAACCAGUCCUCCAUACAGUUCAGCUGGGAAGUAGCUACCCCCACUGAUGGAAACGGAGCUAGAUCUCCUUUUGAAACCAUUACGGACAAUACUCCCUUCACCAGCGUCAAUCACAUGGUGCUGGACAGCAUUUACUUCAGCCGGAGAUUCCACGUACGCUGUGUGACCAAAGCCGUGGAUAAAGUCGGCCACGUGGGCACUCCCCUACGGAGUAAUAUAGUCACCAUUGGGACCGACAGCGCCAUCUGCCACACCCCUGUGGUGGCUGGCACAGCCCGGGGGUUCCAGGCUCAAUCUUUCAUUGCCACCUUGAAAUACCUGGAUGUAAAACAUAAGGAACACCCUAACAGUUCUCUCUCAUUUUAUACGGGGGGGAAAUGCAGAGGAGAUAAAUAUUCAUCUAAAUAUGAGGUUUCAUUUACCGGCAUGUUGAAGAAUGUUCGGGAUUCUGCUCAGUCAUUCUUGACAGUCCAUGUCCCACUUUACGUCUCCUACGUUUACGUAACCGCGCCCAGAGGCUGGGCCUCUCUUGAGCAUCACACGGAGAUGGAGUUUUCCUUCUUCUAUGACACCAUUCUCUGGAGAACAGGUAUACAGACGGACAGCGUCCUGUCAGCCAAACUGCAGAUCAUCAGGAUCUACAUCCGAGAUGAUGGUCGGCUGGUCAUUGAGUUCAAAACUCACGCCAAGUUCAGAGGGCAUUUUGUGAUGGAACACCACACUCUGCCAAACGCCAAGUCUUUCAUCAUGACUCCUGACCACCUGGGAGGGAUGGAAUUUGACCUACAGCUCUUGUGGAGUGGACAGACUUUUGACUCUCCUUAUCAACUCUGGCAGUACUUGAUCUCUGCUUUCAGGAAAGAUUAUUCCGGAGAGUACACCAUCUCCUUAAUACCAUGUACGGUCCAACCCACACAAUCUUGGGUUGAUCCGGGAGACAAGCCUUUACCCUGCACUGCUCAUGCUCCAGAAAAAUUUCUGAUUCCAAUUGCCUUUCAGCAGACGAACCGCCCAGUUCCCGUCGUUUAUUCCCUCAACACGGAAUUUCAGCUCUGCAAUAACGAAAAAGUUUUUCUCAUGGACCCAACCAAAACGGAGAUGCCGAUGGCCGAGAUGGACUACAAGGGAGCCUUUUCCAAAGGUCAAAUCCUGUACGGACGAGUGAUGUGGAACCCGGAGCAGACCGGAGUCAACCGGAAGUGACUGACAAAUACUUUCACGACGUCCCUUUCGAUGCCUAUUUCGCAUCCGAGUUGCCCGAUUUCCACCAGGUCAGCAGCAUACCUGGCGUGGAUGGUUUUACCAUGAAGGUGGACGCCCUAUAUAAGGUGGAAGCCGGGCACCAGUGGUACCUCCAAGUGAUUUACGUCAUCGGUCCCGAGGUGAUUGGAGGGUCCCGCAUGCCGCGUUCCGUGGUCCAUCACCUGAAGCGCGGCCGCCGAGAUCUCGUGGACCACAAGGGAGCCCCUGUUGUGGACGACUCCUUGAUCUACGACAACGAGGGGGAUCAAAUGAAGAACGGCACAAACAUGAAGUCUCUCAGCCUCGAGCAACAGGAAGCCAUCACCGUGGCUUCUCUUUCCCAGACCGGAGCCUCCAUCGGCAGCGGCUUUGCGGCCGUCCUGCUCCUCGUCCUCGUCCUCUUGUCCAUCUGCUUCGUCACCAGGAAGUGUCGGAAACACCGGAAGAAGAAGAAGAAGAAAGCUGCCGAGGAGGUGGCGGAGCAGUACCCUCUCAACACCAAGGUCGAGGCAGCCAAGCGGUACGCCGAGGGCCUGGAGAAAAACGUCAGCGGACAUUACUGUACGGUGAAGAACCUCAACCUUCUCUGCGAAAACGAAGGCGCCUACAAGGUCCGCGGGGCAAAGGUCAAGCCGAUGAACUUGGAAGUGAAAGUUCAUAACAAUUUACACGACGGGACCGAAGUUUAAUGGCCUGCGCCUUAGGGGAAGGGGGAAGAAAUGUCUUUAUAUAGAUAGAUAGGUAGUUAUAAAUUGUAAAAAAAAAAAAAAAUGAGGGGAAGAGGAGAAACCUCCUACAAUUUUUUUUUUCUAAAAUAUUUCCCGCCAUUUCUGGUAUUUUUAUAGUUGUGAGGAAAAAAGGGAAGAACGAAAACUUUGCGUUUUGUUUGCUUAAGCCCGAGGUCUCCCCCUCUGCGGCAGCUUUAAAAUUUGUGGACUUCAACUCCCAGAAUUCCUCAGCCAGCCCUGGGAAUUCUGGGAAUCGAAGUCCACCAAGUUGCCAAGGUUGGAGAAGCCCCCCCCCCCCUCUGGCUUAAGCAAUGCUCAAGGAAGGUACCUUUGCACGCUUCCACUCUACCAAGGAGCUACCUCAAUGAAAGCCAAACCCAUCCGAGAAGAGGAAGGACCGAAACUCAUCUCGUAAAAAAAAGCCACCUCAGAGGGGGCCACGCCACGCCCUCUCCAAUCUCGCUAUGGUUCCCAGACCUCUUCCCUUGUUUUGGCCUGUUGAAUUCUCUUUGCAAGAACUGGUUGAAUUAAAACACAAA